GGGAGACAGACACGGUCGCAAGACGGGAGGCACACGAGGGUCUCUCAUUCAGCAACUGUUCUAGACUCCUUGUCCCCCAAACAAGGCACUGUGAUCCCGGGGUGGGGGGCAGUUUGCUGGUCACACAGAUUCCUGGACCCCACUCCUGGAGCGGGGUCAAAUGGGUGCAUUGGGACAUUAUUCCUCAAGCAAUUUCGGGCACUUAUUUUCGUGCCCGGAGCAGAAACGGGAGGAAUAAGGCAGGUGCGACCCUGGAGCGUGAGCCUCGUACAGUCAGCACAGCUCAGAGCCUGAAGCAGGGCCUCCUGCACAGAGGAGAGGAGGAGGCUGCUUUGGCCCUCGUAUUGCCCAGAGUCCUGCAGAGGCGUGAUUGAAGGCAUCAGACAGUGUGUGGGAGCCCGUACUCCACUCGGGACCUUAGCAUCCCAGGGUCACUGCCGCGUGGACCGCUGUGAAGUUCUCUAACCCUGCUCUCUCCUUUUCAGCUCUGGCGGAAGUUUGCACGUCUGGCCUGUAACUUCAUGGUCAUCUUCAUUCCCUGGGAAAUGAGGAUAAAGAAAAUUGAGAGUCAUUUUGGAUCUGGUGUUGCCUCCUACUUCAUAUUCCUCAGAUGGUUGUUCGGAAUUAAUAUUGUGCUGACGAUAAUGACAGGCGCUUUUAUUGUCAUUCCAGAGCUCAUCGCAGGCCAGCCCUUCGGAAGCACGGCCCGCAAGACCAUCCCCAAGGAGCACGUGGCGGCUGCACAGGACCUGGACACCGUCUGGUCCCUGGGGGGUUACCUGCAGUACUCCGUGCUCUUCUACGGCUACUACGGCAGGGAGCGACGGAUCGGAAGGGCUGGUUACCGGCUGCCCUUGGCUUACUUCCUGGUGGGGAUGGCCGUCUUUGCUUACAGCUUCAUCAUCCUCUUGAGAAAGAUGGCUAAGAACUCCCGCACCAGCCUGGCCAGUGCCUCCAGUGAGGACUACACCUUCUGCUGGCGGGUGUUCUGUGCCUGGGAUUACCUCAUCGGCAACCCAGAGGCCGCUGAGAGCAAGACCGCGGCCGUCGUGAACAGCAUCAGGGAGGCAAUCCUGGAGGAGCAAGAAAAGAAGAAAAGCAAAAACCUGGCGGUGACCAUCUGCCUGAGGGUCGUUGCCAACAUCCUGGUGCUUCUCUCGCUCGCGGGGAGCAUCUACCUGAUCUACUUCGUGGUGGACCGGUCUCAGAAGCUGGAGCAGUCCAGGAAGGAGCUGACGCUCUGGGAGAAGAACGAGGUGAGCGUGGUGGUGUCCCUGGUCACCAUGCUGGCGCCAUCGGCCUUCGACCUCAUCGCCGCCCUGGAGAUGUACCACCCGCGAACCACGCUGCGUUUCCAGCUGGCAAGGGUCCUGGUGCUGUACCUGGGGAACCUCUACAGCCUGAUCAUCGCGCUCCUGGACAAAGUCAACAGCAUGAGCCCCGAGGAAGCUGGCACCCCAAAUAACACGAGCCGCUGGACAGAUCUCAUCACCUUCUCUGCCACCAGGACGGCCCCUGAAGAAGAGACAUGGUCCACACCCGGGCCAGGGCCGGGGCUCCCGAGGCACAGCACGUGGGCCCCUGAAGAGACCAGCAUUCCAGCUCCCACCUUGCCCUUCUCUGAGGCCAACAAGACCAGCGUCUACACCCAGCGUCCGCAAGACCAGUGCUGGGAGACCUACGUCGGGCAGGAGAUGCUGAAGCUUUCCAUCAUCGACAUGCUGUUCACCGUGGCCAGCACGCUGCUCAUAGACUUCUUCCGAGGACUCUUCGUCCGGCACUUGAGCGACUACUGGUGUUGGGACCUGGAAAGCAAGUUUCCUGAAUACGGGGAAUUCAAAAUAGCCGAGAACGUGUUACAUUUAGUCUACAACCAGGGAAUGAUCUGGAUGGGGGCUUUCUUCUCCCCCUGCCUCCCGGCGUUCAACGUCCUCAAGCUGAUCGGCCUCAUGUACCUGCGGAGCUGGGCUGUGCUGACCUGCAACGUGCCGCACCAGCAAGUGUUCCGGGCCUCCAGAUCCAACAACUUCUACCUGGCGAUGCUCCUGUUCAUGCUCUUCCUCUGCAUGUUGCCAACCGUCUUUGCGAUCGUGCGCUACAAGCCGUCCCUGAACUGCGGGCCCUUCAGUGGACAGGAGAAAAUGUACGACAUCGUGUCAGAAACGAUCGAGGACUUCCCCGCGUGGUUUGGCUCCGUGGUGGGCUACGUCAGCAGUCCCGUCGUUAUCCUGCCCGCCGUGCUCUUGCUUUUCAUGCUCAUCUACUACCUCCAGAGCAUCGCAAGGUCCUUAAAACUCAGCAACCAGCAGCUACGAAUGCAGAUCCAAAACGCCAGAUCUGAAGAUAAGAAGAAGGCUGCCCAAAUGGUAGAAGCCCGGAUCCAAACCCAAGAAGAAAGCAUCAAGAGGCUUCCAAAGGAGAGUGACCUCAGCCUCCAGCUGUCCUCGGCUUACUCGGGGACGCCCCAAAGCAACGGCAUCCUGGUCAACGCAGGCUCCUCCAGCAGCAAGAGUGGCAGGAUGGAGACCGGCACCCCGGGCACACCCCCGAGUCCCCGGCCAGGCCUCAGGAGCCCCAGCUCGCCUCUUCCUGGCACCUUCAAGCCCAGGCCGGAGCAGGACCCUAACAGGUGUCUGUGUGGUCAGAGUGCGAGGGCAGGUGACCGGCGCAAGAACAGGUCCUACUCCCCGGGGACGCGGGCGAAGCACAUGGAAGAUGUCUACUCACAGCCCCUUUGCCGAAGAGACUUCCAGCAGAUCGACCCCCCUCUUCGUGGAGUGGAGCUCUCGGCCGCCGUGCCGCGUGAUCCCAGGUCCCGUGCCCCCAGAUACUACAUUGUUAAUGAACGAGACUCUCGCCAAAAAACCCAUCCCACUUUCUGGCCAGAGAGACGUUUCAGGAUGGAAGCCUCAGGGGACAUCGUGGCGAUGUGCCCCAGGACCCCGCGACCAGGUGUGUCCUGGGCCCACCAGCAGGGGCCCUCUCCGCUGCUGAGUGAAGAAGAGGAGGGUGUCCUGAGGAGGGAGCUGGUCCAUCGGUCUCUCCACCCCCUGUCCCUAAGAAGCCUCCAAGGCGCUCCUCAUUUUUAUGUCGGCGACAGGUCAGAAGGUCAGAGCCCGGCUCCUGAGCGCCAGGGAAGGCCGCACUUCAGGUCCCUGGAUGAUGGCUUUGGGGCUCCACUAGACAGGCCCAUGGCUGGGCACAAGAAGCCGCGCUCCCGCAAUCUCCAGUCCACACAGCACCCCCCGAUGGUCAGGGGCAAGCCUGAGAUUGAGCCAUCCCUCUCUGAAUCCGAUUCCAUGUCGGCGGCGUCCAGCAGCGACCAGCAGACCAGCGGCAAUGACCGGCACCUCCAGAUCGCCCCCGGCCAGCCCAGAUUCCCCAGGUCCGUGAGCCCGCCGGGCGGGAGGAAGGCCGUCUCCAGGCAGGAGCUGAUCGUGGAUCUGAAUGACUUGAUUUGUUCCAACGUCUAGGGGCGUCUUCUGGUGUCGCGGUCAC